AUGAGCAAAAGCGUAUUGAAGAUAUCCAAUGCGCUGUUUAGGUCUUCUCUGAUGAAGAAUGUGCCGCCAGUGUUCAGCAAGCCGGUUAAAGAUUUCGAGAUACUCACUGGUGAGAAAUGGGUCAUCUGGGGUAACGGUAAGGCCAAAUUCAUGAAUGUGUUGUCUAACAAGUACCUAUGUGACCCCCCACUGUCGUUACAGUACAAUGUCUCAAAAGAUGGUGUUACGCUGCCUCGCAUUGAGCAGGUUCAAUUUAAAGGUGCCAUUCCAACUGCGCAUCUCAGUGCUCGUUAUGAGUUCUUCAAGGAUGAAUUCGAUCAGACUUGUAAGAAGUUUAUCCUAGACAAUGCCAUUGGCUCGAAUGCAGUGGAGUACGAUGUCAGUACAACUGAUAGGGUAGUGGAUAUGGGACUCUAUGAUUUUUUGGUCCGGGAACUCAAGCUUGAAGAGUUACAGAAUAGAUGGGCCAUGGGACUGAGUAAUGGGCAGAUGAGGAGAGCCCGUUUGGCUAGAAGUUUACUGAAACAGCCAGAUUUGAUACUGGUGGAUGAUCCUUUCUUAGGGCUGGAUCCCACAGCCACAGCAAUCAUCUCCAAGUUCUUGAGCAAUUGGGGUGGUGCUGGCAAAGAAAACAGCUAUCAUUCUCCUGUUGUGAUAGGUCUACGGUACCAGGAUACAAUUCCAAGUUGGUGUACACACAUAUGCUGUGUCGACCCCGAGUCUGGCAUCAAGUUCCAAGGACCAAUUAACGAAUAUAGAGACGCUAUCGAAAACAAGAGGGCCUCUGUGAUUGAGGACUUAAAGAAUGCCAAAACGCAAAGGAGGAAAGAGAUUGGACUUUCUGGUGCGAGUGAGGAAUACUCUAUUGACGAUCUGAUAUCGCCACACCCAAUGUACAAUUGUGCCUCCCACGAGAUGAUCAAGAUGCCACCCACAAUUGAAUUGAAGGGGCUAGGUGUUACAUACAAGGGUGAGCCCGUGUUGGAAAAUCUGCAUUGGCAAGUCAAACCGGGAUCCAAGUGGCAUAUCAGGGGCGACAACGGUACUGGCAAGUCUACGCUGCUGUCGCUUUUGACCGCUGAGCACCCGCAAUCGUGGAACUCCAAAGUUGUAGAGAACGGGGAGCCCCGCCGGACAGGCAAAUCCAACUACUUCGACAUCAACAGCAGGAUCGGCAUGUCCUCUCCUGAACUGCAUGCCAUUAUCCUGAACAACUGCGCCGACAGACUAACGGUCCGCGAAUUCAUAGCCACUGGGUUCCACCAGGGGUCAUCCAACAACUUCCUCCCCCUUUGGGACAAGCUGGACGAUAGCCAGAAGCGCAUAGUGAAUAUGUACAUGAACUACUUUGAGCUGGACCUGAUCGCGCGCGACAAGACCAUCAACCAGCUCAGUGUCAGUGAGCAGAAACUGGCGCUCCUGGUGAGAAGUCUAGUGAAGAUGCCAGAGAUACUGGUCCUAGACGAAGCAUUCUCUGGUAUGGAAGUCACGCCAAUGUUGAAAUGCCACGAGUUCCUAGACCACUGGCCCGGCACAGUGCUUGUGGUCGCACACGUCGCGGAAGAGACACCGGCCUGCCACCACUACCUCCGCCUGAUCUCCCCAGGCCAGUACGAGAUUGGAGACAUAGUAUGA